CCAACCUCCAGCUGAAGGUAAUACAACCCGUUCGUUGGGAGCGAAACAACAGAAAUCUUAAUUAUCAAUCCAAACUGUUCCUCUUUAUGAUCUGUCUCCCGUAACGGUGCUCAGCAGCUCAGCUGCAGCUGGUUCAGGUCCAGGUAGCUUGUGCGCCUGAGCUGAUGUGGAUGUGAAUUUGGUGUCAUGGAGCCGUGUGAGGACAGAGACGGGGAGGUUCCUGGCUCUAAAACAACUCUAUCCAUGGAACAUGAGGGCCAGAGAAGUAACGCUGAAAGAGAUUGUGACCCUAAAAUGAAACCUGACCCAUCUGUCCUGAGCCAGCUUUCAGCUAGAAAGAGGAAAGAACAGGAACCAGAACCUGAACCUAGCUGUCUGUCUAUGAAGAGCAACCAAUCAAAACCAGAUUAUAUAAAUUUUAAACUUGGCCAACCUUCAGAUGCAAAGAGAUUCAAGCAGAGCUCAGAAGUUGGUCAAUCUCCGCAUGAGCAUCCAAUGGAGCUGGGCUUAAUUUUUAUGGAGCUGGAGAAAAAUAUUGGGAUGUUUGUGAAGGAUGAGCUGAAGAGCAUCCAAAAGUUCUUAUGUUCUGAUUACCCUGACUGUUUAGAGGGUCAGGAACAGGACGAGGGGCUGUUGGGAAAUGAAGACGAGAAGCAGAGGAGGUGCAGCAGCAGAGAGGCAUUAUUAAAGAUCACUCUGGACUUCCUGAGACGGAUGAAGCAAGAUGAACUGGCUGACCUUCUGCAGAGCAAAUCACUCAUCACAUGCCAGAAAACACUGAAGUCGGACCUCAAGAAGAAGUACCAGAAUGUGUUUGAAGGGAUUUCUAAAUCAGGAAAUCCAACCUUUCUGAAUCAGAUCUACACGGAGCUCUUCAUCACAGAGGGAGGAACUGGAGAGGUCAACAAUGAACAUGAGGUCAGACAGAUCGAAGCAGUGUCUUGGACACCAGACAGACCAGAAACACCAAUUACACAUGGAGACAUAUUUAAACCCCUAACUGGAAGAAAGGAACCAAUCAGAACAGUCAUGACUAAGGGAGUGGCUGGCAUUGGGAAAACAGUCUUGACACAGAAGUUCACUCUGGACUGGGCUGAAAACCAAGCCAACCAGGACAUCCAGUUCAUGUUUCCAUUCACGUUCAGAGAACUGAAUCUGUUAAAAGGAAAACAGCUCAGCUUGGCGGAGCUUGUUCAUCACUUUUUUAGUGAAACCAAAGAAAUCUACAGGUUUAAAGAGUUAAAUGUUGUUUUCAUCUUUGACGGAUUGGAUGAGUGUCGACUUCCUCUGGACUUCCACAACAAUGAAAUCCUGACGGAUGUAACAAAGUCCGCCUCAGUGGAUGUUCUUCUGACAAACCUCAUCAGAGGGAAACUGCUUCCUUCAGCUCGCCUCUGGAUAACCACACGACCUGCAGCAGCCAAUCGGAUCCCUCCUGAGUUUGUUGGCAUGACGACGGAGAUUAGGGGAUUCUCUGACCUACAGAAAGAUGAGUACUUCACAAAGAGAUUUAGAUAUAAGAAGCAAGAAAAAAUGGUAAUUUCCCACAUCAAGAAAUCACGAAGCCUCCACAUCAUGUGCCACAUCCCAAUCUUCUGCUGGAUCACUGCUACAGUUGUGGAAGACAUGUUAAACAACAAAAACAGAGAAAAGCUGCCAAACACCCUGACUGAGAUGUACAUACAUUUCCUGGUGGUGCAGGCCAAGGUGAAGAAGUUCAAGUAUGAUGGAGGAGUGGAGACAGAUUCACACUGGAGUCCAAAGAGCCAGAAGACGAUGGAGUCUCUGGGAAAACUGGCUUUUGAGCAGCUUCUAAAAAGAAACCUCCUCUUCUAUGAAUCAGACCUGACAGAGUGUGGCAUCGAUCUCAAAGAAGUUUCAGUGUGCUCAGGAGUGUUCACACAGAUCUUCCAAGAGGAGAGAGGGCUGUAUCAGAACACUUUGUUCUGCUUCGUCCACCUGAGUGUUCAGGAGUUUCUGGCUGCUCUUCAUGUUCAUCUGACCUUCAUCAAAUCUGGAGUCAAUCCGCUGGUAGAAGACAAAAUGAAAUCCAAGGAUUUAGAAGAAAGAAACCAUGAAUCUUCAGAGAUUGAUAUCUACAAGAGUGCUGUGGACAUGGCCCUAGAGAGUCCCGAUGGACACCUGGACCUGUUCCUCCGCUUCCUUAUGGGUCUUUCACUGGAGACCAAUCAGACUCUCCUAAGGGGACUGAUGUCACAGACAGUAACCAGAUCACAGAUCAACAUAGAAAUAGCCCAGUACAUCAAGGAGAAGAUAAAUAAAAAUCUUUCUGUGGAGAAAAGCAUCAAUCUGUUCCACUGUCUAAACGAACUAAAGGAUCAGUCUCUGGUGGAGGAAAUCCAACAAUCUCUACGCACAGGAAGUCUUCUGGCAGAUCAACUGUCUCCUGCUCAGUGGUCGGCUCUGAACUUCUUCCUGCUUUCAUCAGAUAAAAGUCUGGAGAUCUUUGACCUGAAGAAAUACUUUCCUUCAGAUAAUGCUCUUCUGAGGCUGCUGCCAGUAGUCAAAGCCUCCAGCAAAGUUAUACUGAGUGGCUGUAACCUGACAGAGAGAAGCUGUGAAGCUCUAUCCUCAGUUCUCAGCUCACAGUCUUCCUGUGUGAAAGAGUUGGACCUGAGUAACAACAACCUGAAGGAUUCAGGAGUGAAGCUGCUCUGUGCUGAACUGAAGAGUCCACACUGUGAACUUGAGGUUUUAAGGCUUUCUGGCUGUCUGAUCACAGAUGAAGGCUUUGCUGCUCUGGCCUCAGCUCUGACCUUGAAUCCUGGUCACCUGAGAGAGCUGGACCUGAGUUACAAUCAUCCAGGAGAGGCAGGAGUUCAGCUUCUGGCAGCUGGAGUAGAUGAUGCAGACUGGAAGCUGGAGACUCUCAAAUUGUCCCACCUGAGAAGUGGACCUCAGGAGCUCUUCUGGAGUUACCAUGAGCAUCUUGGCUGGUUCUCUGAUAAAUGGUCUCGUUCCCUGGAAGGAUUGAACAGAGCUCUGGUGGAUCCUGCUGGAGUCCAGUGGUUAACAGCAGGUCUGAGGAAGUAUUCCUGUUCACUCUCAGUCGACAUGAACUCUGUAAACAAACACCUCAAGUUAUCUGACGACCACAGGAAGGUGACGCGUGUAGGAGAGGAGCAGCUCUAUCCUGAUCAUCCAGACAGAUUUGACCUCUUUGAGCUGCUGUGCACCAAUGGACUGAGUGGUCGCUGUUACUGGGAGGUGGAGUGGAGUGGGAAGGUUUACAUUUCUGUGAGUUACAGAGGAAUCAAAAGAAAGGGACACAGUGACGACUCCUGGUUUGGAUUUAAUGAUCGCUCCUGGUGUGUAAUCUGCUCAGAUGAUGGUUACGCUGUUUGGAAUAACUGUACAAAAGUUUUUAUCCCUUCCUCCUCCUCCUCCUCCUCCUCCUCCAGAAGAGUAACAGUCUAUGUGGACUAUCCUGCUGGGACCCUGUCCUUCUACAGAGUCUCCUCAGACACACUGGUCCACCUCUACUCCUUCAGCACCACCUUCACUGAACCUCUUUAUCCUGGAUUUGGAUUUGAAUUCAGGGAUCCUUCUAAGGGGUCUUGGUGCUCAUUUUAGUGUAGGUUCCACAAUUUAAGCUUAAUUUCUGUAAACACACACUGUCUCAGGAUGAGGCCAGCUUCAGAGGUCACAUAUGAAAAGAUGAAACUGUUUAAAGAGAGACUGGAUUGCAGAAAAAUAAACUGAUUCAUGUAAAAGCCUAUCAACUACUCAUAACCUCUGUUGAACUCACUUAAAAACGUUCUAAACUGCACUUUUCAAUAAUUGUAAUCAUUACUACUUUUAAAAACACAACUUCAGUUAAUGUUAAACAUUGCUCAAUAUAAGUGGCUUCCACCCUUUUAACUGUUUUUUGUUUCUAUAUGUAUUAUUAUUAUUAUGAGCUAAUCAAAAUAAGGAAUAACUAAAUGCCUCCUGGCCGCCUCCAUUUGGAGGUUUUCUGGAGACAUCCAACUAAGAGGAGACCCUGGGGGGAGACAGUAUAGAGGAAUCAUGAGUUGAAGAGGCCAUCGUGCCACUAAAUUUGUGCAUCACAAAUAGGUUGCACUAUUGAAUUACAUUUCUGUUCAUUAAAGCAUUUUCACUUA